UUGACCAUUGACUUUUGUUAGUUAAUUGUAAACAAAUGUAGGUUAGCUGUUUAUAGGCUCAAAACGCCACAAACAUUUGACAUAGAAAAGUCAAAUAUGCUGACAUAGUAGUAGUACAAGGGUAAUAGGCUUGUAUCUUUUGCAAGAAAAGAAAAAAAACAUCAAUGGAGGAUCUCAAUUACAUCUUCUCCCAUCUCCUAUUCCUGAUCCUAAUCCUACUUCAUCUUCUUCAUAGUCAUCCCUCAUCAGCAUCAUCAUCAUACAACUGCCCAACUUCCUUGUGUGGUGCAACUCCAUACUCUGUUCACUUUCCCUUUCGUAUGAUCGACCAACAACCAGACAUUUGUGGCUAUCCGGGAUUCGAUCUUGAAUGUAACAGCCAAAACAGCGUGACAUUAAACCUUCCGAAUUCAGGAGAGUUUUUGGUACGAAACAUCGAUUAUCGAUCUCAAAUUGUGCAAGUUUAUGAUCCAUCAGGCUGUUCUGCUGACAGGCUUUUGAGUUUGGACCUGUUGGGUUCACCAUUUUCAGUCUCCCCAAUCCGAAACUACACUCUUUUGAGCUGCCCGGUUGAACUCACAACCUCUCGUUUCCCGAUUGUCACUUGCCUCAGCAAUUCUACGUAUUCUACUGUAGCCACUUCUUCUGUUAGUUUUGCUAUGUUAAUGGCUAACCGCAGCUCUUGCCAGAUCAUUGGUUCUUUAUGGAGUCCGGUAUCGAGGUAUCAAGGUCAAGAAGGGCUCACAUCGAACCUAAAUAUGGAUAUAUUUUUGACAUGGGAUUCCCCUAAUUGUCAAGAUUGUGUAACCCAGGGCGGGGCUUGUGGUUACACAAAUACCACUAUGGAAGAAGUUGCAUGCUUCGAUAUUACCAAAAAGGGAAGUAAAAAAGCAAUGAUGGCAUUAAUAAUCGUCUCCAUCGGCCUAGCUCUACCAGCCAUAGGAAUCUCCAUUGUCAUGAUAUACUACAUCUGCAUUGACUACAGAAGUGUAGCCACAUGGAUUUCAAGAAACAAUGCAGCACCAGCUACCGCCAUGGUGACGCCAGAAACCACCACCGCCAUUAGCAGUUUGGUGGCGGGUCUGGAGCAGUCGACAAUAGAGUCGUACACAAAAGUGGUGUUAGGGGAAAGCAUGCGUCUUCCAGGAUAUGGAGAUGAAGAUGCAACAUGCUCGAUAUGCUUAUCUGAAUAUGAUGUUAAAGACAUGGUUAGAUGUAUACCAGAGUGUAGACAUUGCUUCCAUGCUGACUGUAUUGAUGAGUGGCUAAGGAUGAAAGGGAAUUGCCCUGUUUGCAGGAAUUCACCUUCUCCGCCUCCCUCACUUACUUAUUAUAACAACUUAACAUAAUCAAUAUCUCAACUGAAAGCAACAUCGAAUUGUAGGAUGGAUUAAAUUUAGGAAAUUAAAUAUAACCAAUAUUUUGGUACAUGUUUUUUUUUUUUUUAUAGCUAAUUUGACAUCAUUAUAAAUUAAAAUCCUUGGAUACUUGUUUAUUUCUAAUCUCUGACUUGUGAUAAUAUCAAAGCCUUAGUCCUGUUAAAGGAUACAUACAUACAUAACAUAUCUUUGCUUCCAACUCAAAUUAAUGCAGCUUUUCCUGUUACAGAUCAAAACUUUGAGGCACAAAACAAG